AAUCAUCUGGCAACUCUGCCGACUGACGACUGACGAGCCAUUUUGUGCAAUUUUGUGUGCAUCAUAAAAGCAGCUGUGCAAUAUAUAUUUAUUGUUGCACAUCGUUGUCCUUUACAUCCUAGAAAUGUCAAAUAAAAAACAAUAUUGUGAUCAAACCUAGAUAAAUACAAUUAAUUAUUAAGACAUAGAUUGAAGCAAAGAGAAAAAGCAAAAAAAAAAAAAACAAAGUGAAAUUGAAAAAUAAAUAAAUUCAAAAAAUGAAUGAAGACACAAUGCAAACAGAUGCUCAACAUCUUGUUGGUGAUGUUGAGUUAUCACCAGUCUCAUCAGUUUUUCCAACAUCAAGUAAACCAUGUAUUAAUGUUUGGAUGGAUAAAAUGAGUAAAGGUAUACUUGCAUCAACCCAUUUUAAAGAACACUGGAGAAUAUGGGUACCACAAAUAUACAGUCCAGAGCUAAAUGGUAAUUGUUUAGGCUGGAGUUUUGAUGAAGAUUUAGCACAAAAAAUGCUAUAUAAUACACUUGAAGAAUUUAUAUGUAAUGGUGAUCCAAUAGAGGUAUUACAACAGCUAAGACAAAUGGAAAAUCCACCAUCAGUUUGUGGUAGAUUUUUUAAAGUUGGUGAACCAACAUAUUUUUGUCGUGAAUGUGGUAUGGAUCCAACUUGUGUAUUAUGUGUAACAUGUUUUAAAGAAUCAGCUCAUCAAAAUCAUAAAUAUAAAAUAGCAACAUCAGCUGGUGGUGGUUGUUGUGAUUGUGGUGAUUCUGAAGCAUGGAAAAAUGAACCAUAUUGUAAUAUACAUCUUGCUGGUAAACAAACACAAGAAGAAUUAUGUGGUAAUAAAUUACCAAUUGAUAUUGCUGAACGUGCAACAGCAACAUUUGAAGGUGUAUUACAAUAUUGUUAUGAAUUAUUAUCACUUGAACAUGCACCAGGUUUACCAGCAGAUUUACAUGUUAAAGAAACAGAUGAAGGACCAUUAUCAUCACAUGCUAGUACUGAUACAUAUUGUACUGUAUUAUUUAAUGAUGAAACCCAUACAUUUGAACAAGUUAUAAAUACACUUGCACGUGUUAUUAAAUGUUCACCAAAAGAAGCCAUUGAAUUUGUAACAAAUAUUGAUAGAAAUGGUAGAGCUGUUGUUAAAUGUUCAGGUUUUCAAUUAUGUAAUGAAUUAAAAUCAGAUAUUGAAAGAUUUACAUCACGUCAAGGUAGUCAACCACUUAAAGUACUUGUUGUACAUGCACAUGUUAUUGCACAUCAAAUAUUUUCAAUGAAAUUACUAGAUUGGUUACAACAAUUUAUAAAUAAUUGUAAAGGUUUUCGUAUGAUAUUUAGUGAUGUUGCAUUACAUAAAAAUUUACCAGAUAAACCAAUUGUACAAGGUAUAUUAAUGCGUGAUGCACAAUUGUGGAAAGCAGCAAGAACAGUAUGGCAUAGAUUAUUUAUAUCUGGUAUGCUUAUGGAUUAUGAAAGUAAAAAAUCAUUAGCAACUGUAUUUACAGCAAAUUAUGGUGAAGUUAUGAAAGAUUUUAUACGUGAUGAUCAUGAUCAUUCAUUUUCAAUAUCAUCAUUAUCAGUACAGCUAUUUACAGUACCAACACUUGCACAUUAUUUAAUUGCUAAUCAUGAUGUACUUUAUCGUUUAUUAAAUACAUUUAAUUCUGAAUCAUCAAGACGUCUUAAUGCAAAUGGUAAACUUGAAUUUAUUAGAAGUGCUGCAAAUACAACAUUUAAAAGAGCCCAAUAUAUAUUAUGUGAUUUAGCAUAUUUAUUAAGUUCAAAACCUGAUACAUGGACUGAUGAAUUGAGACGUGGUUUUCUUCAUGGUAUAACAAUAUUAUUAAAAUUAUUAUUGAAUAUGCAAUGUAUGGAUGCUGUUAUACGUCAAGUUGGUCAACAUAUGGAAUAUGAACCAGAAUGGGAAUCAGCAUUUAAUUUACAAAUUAAAUUAUCACCAGUUAUUAGUCUUGCACUUGAAUGGUGUGGUUCAGAUAGAAUUGUAUUAAUUAAAUCAAUUCGUUUAGUGCUAAAAAAAUUUCUUGAAGAACCAAUUGUUGAUGAUAAUUUAGAAAUAAUACGUCAAUUAUCUGGUCAUACAGCAAAAUGUAUACAAUAUGAUGUAUCAUCAGAACUUGUAUCAAUACAUUUACCAUUAUCAAGAUUUCUUGCUGGUUUAUUUCUUUAUUUAGAAAAAUAUAAUUUAGAAUAUCCAUCAAGUGAAUUAACAACACCAAAUAUGCCAACAUUAACAUCAGAAAAAAUUAUUGAACCAGUUUUACGUGCACAAGCUAUGAUAUCACAAGUACAUGCUGGUAUGUGGCGAAGAAAUGGAUACAGUUUAUUAAAUCAAUUAUAUUUUUAUCAUAAUGUAAGAUGUAGAACUGAAAUGUUAGAUCGUGAUAUUAUAUUAUUACAAGUUGGCUCAUCAUUAAUUAAUAGUGAUGAAUUUUUAAUUCAUUUAUUAAAUAAAUUUAAUUUAUUUAAUUGGGCUGAUCCAGAUUAUGAAACAAAUGCAUUAAAAAAUCCUGAAGAAGAUAGUAUACGACAAAUUAUUAAUCUUGUUGAAGAAUUUUUGGGUUUAUUAAUAACAAUUAUUGGUGAAAGACAUGUACCUGGUAUUGGACAAAUAACACCAGAUGAUAAAUUAAAAAAAGAAAUAAUACAACAGUUGUGUAUUAAACCAAUGUCACAUUCUGAAUUAAAUAAAACUUUACCAGAUGGUGUACAUCAUGAAACUGGUCUUGAACGUGUUAUAAAUGAUGUUGCUAAUUUUAAAAAACCACCACAAAUUACAGCUGGUAAAGGUUUAUAUGAACUUAAACCAGAAUUAUAUGAACAAUAUAAUGUUUUUUUUUAUCAUUAUACUAAAGAAGAAUUGAGUAAAUCAGAAGAAGCACAAAGAAAACGUAGAAAAUUAAUGGGAGAAUUAGAAUGUUGUCCACCACCACAAUUGCCAAAAUUAACAAAUACAUUUCAAGCUGUUGCUAAUUUAUUAAAAUGUGAUAUUAUGCUUCAUAUUAUGCAAACUGUUAUUGAAAGAGCACUUAAUUUACGUGCACGUAGUUUUUCAGAACCACAAGUACAUAAAAUAUUACAUUUAAUUGGUUAUGCAUUACAAGAACAAAUGACUGGUUAUUAUCCAACAUUAAAUUUUACACAACAAGCAGCAAAACGUAAUAUAUAUAAAUUACUUGAAGAUUUAUCAAAUAGUCCAAGAAUUGAUGCCCACAAAGAUUUAUUAAAAUGGAUACUUGCUAAAUAUCGUGAAGCAGCUGGUUCAACAAUAAAUAAUAAUGAUGCUGAUGAUAAUAAUACUACUACUACUUCUACAACUACUUUAAAUUCUACUAGUGCAAUAAAUGAAGAAUCACAAUCAAUACCAGAAUCAUCAUCAUCAUCAACAACAACAACAACAGCAACAGUAACAGCAACAACAACAACAACAACGGUGACGACGACAUUAUCAACUUCAACAACAACAACAACAACAACAGCAACAACACCAUCAUCUACAACAACAACAUUAGAAACAACAAAUAAUAGUGAUCCAGCAAAAUCAAGUAAAGAAUGGCGAACACAAAUGGCAGCACAAAAAAGAGCUAAAAUAAUGGCACAAAUGGAAGAAAUGCAAAAACAUUUUAUGAAAAAAAAUGCAAAAUUAUUUGAAGAAGCUGCAUUAGAUACAAAUAAAAAUAAUGAUCGUGGAUCAUCAAUGGAUUUAUCAGAAUGUAGUGAAGAAGCACCAAUGUGUCUUGGUUCAAAACAAACAGCAAGACUUGCUGAAGAAAAAACUUAUACAUGUAUACUUUGUCAAGAGGAUCAAGCUGUAACAUCAUCUGGUAAAGCAAUGGUACUUGCAUCAUUUGUACAACAAUCAACAGUACUAUGUCAAACACGUAAUGAUCCAGAUGAACCAAAUUCAAUAUAUUUAUCAUCAAAACUUGGUGCAUCACCUCAUACAAGUACAUGUGGUCAUGUUAUGCAUGCAUCAUGUUGGCAAAAAUAUUUUGAUAAUGUACUUGCUAAAGAAAAUAGACGUCCAUAUAGAUUACGACAACCAGCAAGUUUUGAUGUUGAAAAACAUGAAUAUCUUUGUCCACUUUGUGAAUGUUUAAGUAAUACUGUAUUACCUUUGUUACCAUCAUUAGCAUCAAUACAACCAACAGAAGUUAAUCGUGCAAAUGUUGAUUUUGAAACAUGGCUUGAUGCAUUAAAAUUAACAAUUGAUUGUAAAGGUAAAAUAAAUUCAAAUGAAUUUACUGAAGUUGAAUUAGAAAAUGAACAUGAAUCAUGUCGUUAUUGUAAAAAUAUAAAAUUAAAUGAUCAUUCAGAUGAUGAUGAUAAUAUGUCAGAGGGUAAUUUUGCUUGUCCAAUACGUAAAAUUUAUAAAGUACUUGGUAAAGAAAUAUCAGCAGCAUUUGAUUUACAAACAACACCAAAAAAAGAAACAAUAUUAUCUGAUAAUUUAAUAUCAAUGAUACAUUUAUUUUCACAAGCAACAUAUACCAAGGGUUUAGGUGUUGAACCACAUGAUGGUGAUCCAAGAGUACCAUUACUUGCAUGGAAAUCAACAGCAUAUACAAUUCAUUCAAUUGAAUUUUUAUUACGUGAUACAGAUAAACCAUUACUUGGUGCAUUAUCAUCAAGACAACGUGAUAGUCUUGAGUGUCUUGCUAGAAUAUCAGCAUUACUUGGUUCAACUUGGUUUAAUAAAAAUAAUAAAGAAAAUAAUAGUACAUCAAGUAGUGGUAGUGCUGGUGGUGGUGAUGAUAAUAAUAAAGAACGUCUUAGUAUAUUUGCAAAUCAUGCUAUUAAUUUAUUAACAAUGAUAUUAGAAAAUCCAUCAGAUGGUGAUUGUUUUACUGAUUGGGAUCCAUUUGGUAUACUUGUUACACUUAUUGUAACAUUACCAAGUUUAUUAUCUAAAAAUUCUGAUGCACCACCACCAAUAAUAACUGGUAGUUUUCAUGAAGCACAUGCACUUAAAUUAAUAUUUAUUUCUCUUAUUGUUAAAAUAUUAGCAACAAGUGAAUUUGAAUAUGAAGCUAUGGAUAUUGAUGAUGAAAUACAAGAUAAUAAUGAUAAUCAACAACAAUAUGAAAGUUUAUUAAAAUUAAUGGAAAUAAUUGGUAUUAAAAGUGGUUGUUUAAUGGCAAAUGAAAUAUGGAGACGUAUUAAAAUAUCAUCAAUGCCAUUUUUACGUUGUUGUGUACUUUAUUUUCAUUAUGUUACUGAUGUACCUGCACCAUUGGAGUUAACAUCACGAGGUGGUGAUACAUUUGAAAAUAUGUGUACAUAUCUUGGUUUACCAAUAACAUGUGAUGGUUUAUUAGAAUCUGAAUCAAUACGUAGACUUGCUAAAAUAUGGAUGGAACAUCCAAAAUCACGUUUACCAAUAAAUGUUGAAGAACCACUUAAGGUCAAUGGACUUGUUAAUUUACCAGAUGAUUAUAGUGAACUUAUUAAUACAGUAUCAUUAUUUACAUGUCCAAAUAGUGAUCGUGAAGAUUCAAGAAAUCCAACAAUGUGUCUUGUUUGUGGUGAAAUGUUAUGUUCACAAAGUUAUUGUUGUCAAAUUGAAUUAAAUAAAAAUAUGGUUGGUGCAUGUACUUAUCAUGCAAGUAAAUGUGGUACUGGUGUUGGUAUAUUUUUACGAGUACGUGAAUGUGAAAUUCUAUUUUUAAGAAGUCCAAAUCGUGGUGCUUUUGCUUGUCCACCAUAUCUUGAUGAGUAUGGUGAAACUGAUCAAGGUUUAAGACGUGGUAAUCCAUUAAAAUUAUGCAAAGAUAAAUACAGGCAGCUAAAUCAAAUGUGGCUUGGACAUGGUUUACAUGAGGCUGUUGCUAGAGCCAUUGAAUCAUCAAGUAAUCUUAUGCCCACACAAUGGCAACAUCUAUAACCACUUUAGAAAUGAAUUUAUUAUAAAAAUUUUAUUAUUAUCUACUAUUUUUUUUUUUUUUUUUUUAAUUAUUUUUCUGUUUUUAAUUUUUAUUUCUUCAAGAGUUUGUGGUGGUGAUUCUAUCCAGUGUGUCUAUCAUGUCGGGAGUGUGAAUUUAUUUAUUGUCCAUUUAUUAACAACCCUCAUCAUUAUACAUCACGUCCC